AUGAAGAACAAAGUUUUCUGUGUUUUCUGCAGGGCCUUGUACACCUAUGAGGAUGACACUAAUGACCUGACACUGGCUGCAUCCGGAGGAGGAGGCCUGGCAGAGAUCACCUUGACCUUCGACCACGGGAAAGUGAUGUAUGGCUUCUGCAGCCUGAAGGAGCCCACUGCCGCCCUGCCACGAUACAUCCUCAUCAACUGGGUGGGAGAAGAUGUUCCAGAUGCCAGGAAGUGCGCUUGUGCCAGUCACGUUGCAACCAUUGCAGACUUCUUUCAGGGUGUGGAGAUCACUGUCAAUGCCAGCAGCCUGGAAGACAUUGACCCGUCAGCCAUCGGGCAACGGCUCACCAACGGGACAGCGGCGGUGGCGAGCCCUGUUCUGAGUCGCCUGAAAACCCGAGAUGAAGAGCACACAGAUGUGGGCACUGUGUACCAGAAGACUAAUGCAGAGGUGGAGAUGAAGAAAAUCAAUAGAGAGGAGUUUUGGGAACAAGCCAAGCGUGAAGAGGAGAUGAGGAAGGAGGAGGAGCGAAAGAAGGCCAUGGAGGAGCGUCAGCGCUUCGAAGAGGAGCGCAUGGAGCUGGAAAGGCAGGAGCAGGAGAACCGAGAGAGGAGGUACCGCGAGAGAGAGAGGCAGAUCGAGGAGCACAGGAAGAAGAUGCAGGAGGAGGAGGAGGCCAGAGAGAGGCUGCGCAACCAGACCACUAUAGCGUCUGAGCCGAGCAUCGAGGACCUGAACCUGGACAAGAAGGAGUCUGAGGUAGAGGAAGCGAAGGCCAUCAUCGCCCAGCGAUCUGGAAACCCUCGAGAGUUUUUCAAGCAGAAGGAGCGAGCAAUGACCAUUAGCGUCGACACCUCCCCCGUCUCCAUCCACAGGACAGGCCGUUUGGACAGCCCCUUCUUGAAGCAGCAGCACAGUCCCAGCAGCCCCAGUAGAACUACUCCUCCCCGGGGCGUGUCGCCCCUCCGCACCCCACCACAUGCACGGAAGCAGCCCCCCGCUGCAACCGGUGACAAUGAUGAUGAAGUGAGCUUAGACAGAAACAUGGCCGCUGUUUCACCCAUCCCUAAAAUAGUCACUACACCAAUUAAAGAAGACUUUAACAGGGAGGAGGAAGACCACAGAGAGGAAGAGUGGGAUUCUGUACCAAAAGAAGAACAGAAACGGCCCGUCCAGGAGUCGGCGCCCACCAAGCCUGUGCAGAGUGUUGCACCACAGGCCCGGGAACCCUCUGGUGUUUCUGCGUGGGACUCCGGGACGGACAACCUUGUUGACCUGUGGGAUAGCAGCUCCGCCCCUGCCACCGACCCCAUCCCAUCCACCCACUCGUCUAAUCUGGUGGACCUGAUGGGAGACAGCGAUGUUCUUCAUGAUGAUGUCGCGCCAAGCAUGGCCGCCGGCAGCGGCAGGCCUCAGCCUCUUCUCAGCUUCGAUGAGAUGAUGGACGGGAGCUUCUGCUCAGGCACCGGCGCCGAGGACGACCCCACCAGUCUGGUGGACGUGUCGGGGUCUGACCAGAUGACCCUCAGCUACCAACACGCACUGCAGCACGCCUCCGGGGCGGGGCAGGAUCCAGAUGACGUACAGCUACUGAUGACCAAUGGGGAGACGCUGCUGAAGGAAGGAACUCAGGCCAGUGAGGGCUACUUCAGCCAAUCACAGGAGGAAGAAUUCGGCCAAUCAGAGGAGUCAUCAGCUAAGCCAGCACCUGUGUUUUAUAACAAGCCUCCAGAGAUUGACAUCACCUGCUGGGACACGGAUCCUGUAGUCGACGAAGACGACGACUAACCCGCUGCUCUGACAUCAUCGCUGUACCCGGAGGAAGUAGAGACCGAGCUUCAAGAAGAAAACACAUUUCUUUUUUUUUUCUUUUCUUUUUUUCUAAAAAAAAAAAAUCGCAAACCAACAAAAAAAGUAAUAACAAAAAUCUUGCAUUAAAACUCUUUCAAUAUAAUCUUUUAGAGGAAGCAGUAGCCACCGUUUGAGUUGAAAAGGCUCAGAUCUGAUCUGUUUCUGUGAUUAUUUAUUUUGGGAUUAAUUUUUUUAUUCUUUUUUUUUUUGUUUUGUCGCUAUGCAGAUGUUUUAGCCGGCAUCGAGGGGUUUUUGUUUGUGUACAUGGUUAGUUCCACGUAGCGCACUGCUGCAUUAGAGACAAUGAAGCUGAGCGUGCGGCCGGCGGCGCGCACCGUUAGUUUGUAGUGCUUUAAUAACAUCUGAGAAAAAAAACAAAAAAAAAAACAAAUCCAGCGGAUCAGAACAGCUGCCAUGUUUAUCUUUUCUCUCCUCUCUUCAUACCUGAACAUAUUCACCUCUGCAGCUCAGUUAAUCAUGUAUUUAGAAUUCACCUUCAUGGAGGAAAAAGUUAUUUAUUCUGAUGUAUCUGAACUGAAAGUCCUUCAAACAAGUCUGUGGCGCCUUAAUUUCCCCUUUUUCACUCCUUUUGUAUGAUUUUAAAACUGAGUUCAAUAUUAAACAGCUUUUUUCUGUCCUAGUGCAAUUCUAUGCUUCUUCUGCCUCCUUGUGGAUGAACUGCAGCCUCACCAUCAAGAUUCAUUAUAAAUAUCUACCACUUAUAUAUUUACACAAGCAAAAACACCACUUUAGAUAAAUAUACUGUAGAUAUUUUUUCAUUUUUUUUUUUCUAAAAAGAGUUUAGAAAUGCAAUAAAUUUGAUAUGUUGAAGUUUCUCCAAAGGACUAAAAAAAUAGUUUCUGUCCCAGGGUGGGAUGCCUUACCUUUCCUGGUUUUAAACUCUUAAUUUUCAAACUAAAGUUUGGCCUUGCUGUCCCGCUCAGACUGAAAAUGGGGGGAUAAAAGCAGCUGGACAGAAACUUCUUUUUUCGCUCUCCUUUUAUUUUGUUCUUAAUCUCUGUUAUUUUUGUCUCUAUAAUAAUCUGCAUGGGACCAGAUGUCCGGGAUUUGUCUCUAAAUUCAAAUCAGUCAUUAUUUGAACUACAGUAAUCUAUUCUAUUUUUUACGUUUUUGUCAACCUUCUGUUGGUUUUAUGAAGAUUAAAGCUGUCUCUAAUGUUGGAUUAAAGUUUAAAAAAAAUGUAGCUGCUGAGUAAGAUCAGAGAAAUAGGAAAUUUAAGACUUAUAUUAGAAGUCACUACUUCAAAUUCCUCCUCUCAGUAAGUAGGAGGAUUACACCAAAUAUUUCUAUGUCACAAAAAACUAAAUUUCAAGCUUCAAGCAAGCAGUUUUUGUUUAAAAAUUAUGACAUCUGUAACAAAAAUCUAUAGUUCAACCUUCCUGUGGUCUCAGAUGUUAUGAUGUCUCUUCUCAGUGUCUUUUGUUAGAAAUAUUAAAUAAGAAACAGACAAUUUUGUAGGAAAAGUAAAAGGUAUGAAAGAUACUGUUCAGAGAGAGAAAGGCUAAUUCCAAGUUAUAGUGGAGAAUGUUCUUUUUUCAGGUGGAUCAUCAAAAUAAGUGGUCCUCCUUAUUGUCAAUCAUUCUGGUGAUAAGUUUACGUAAGGCCGUCCCACGUGCUCGUCGCCAUUUUUACCUACCUAUGGUGAGUCUGAUAUAGUGGAAAAAGUACAAAUCUUCUUUUGGAAAGUAAGCUUGUAUUAGCGAUGCAAACAGCAACCUCUAAACAGAGCGUGCACGAUGAAAACAAUGGGCUGGUGCAUGCUCUCGCACAUGUUUAAUAAGUGUUCCCUCUCAUCAGCAGGCACAGGGUUGUGCAUGUGCACGGGGUUAUGGUGGGUCUUUUCAAAAUUUCGUCAAAAUCCUCCACUAUACUUUAAGUGAGGCUGAGUUCAUUCUUCUGUUUGGUGUCAUAUUCUAUGUAGUUUCCACAUAACAAAACCUUUUUUUUCCUUUAGUAUAAUCUCUCACAUUUUGCCAUUUGUGUGCUAAUGUGAUUUGAAAACCAGGCAAUUCUGUGACUAAAGGGUUCAGUCAAAAACAAAUUAUUAUUAAAUGAACUUAGAAUAGUGAAAUAGUUUCCUGGUGGUUCUAGCUUGUUUUAAUCGUUUCAUCUGAAAUUGUAGCCUUGAACUAAAAACAUGGAUCUUGUUUUUUUAGCUGCUGUCUCUAUUUCUGGUGUACCUCAUGGUUUAGUCCACCGUCUUUUACUUUGUUGUUGACAAAGAUGCAUUUUGGACAUUUCCCUGACAUCUGGUCUCAAAGCAGCUUUAAAUAUAUUCAAAUGAUGACUUUUUUUUAUUUUCUUUUGCCCCUCGCCUGCAUAUCUGCUACUGUUGUUUUGUGCCAAGAUGAAGGAACCACAAUUGUAAUUUAGUUACCUUUGGAUGCUAAGCAGUGACUUGUUUGGUUGCUGUGGAAACUGGAGCUGAGGUGGGGCUUGCUUUGGCGUUUUUUUUUUGUUUUUUUUUAAAUCAACCUGUUAAUAUGUGUGAUAGAAUUGAUUUUCAGGUCCCCUUUUUGGAUUUUGGCACAAGUGUUGGUCUGUUUGCUGAGAAUCCUUGUAGACAAUAAAAAAAGCAAUAAGA